AUGUCUUUCUCAGGUCAAGAAUCAAAGAACGCUUUGAAUGGUGAUGAAGUUGAAAACGAUACCACCUCUUCUAAGGAACUUGAACAGGUUGUAUCUGUUCCAAUCCCUGCAAAUAUGCCAAUUUCAGGUACGUUGGCUAACUCCACCAGUAAAUCGAUGGGUGUGAGAAAAGCUGAGGUUCUCAAUGACCAAUACCAAAGUUAUGUGUGGAGAGUAAUCUUAUUCGUGACUGUUUUAAUUACCGCAUAUGCUUAUGCUGUAGAGAUGACGGUCAAAGGUACUAUUGAAACUUAUGCCGUGGCAUCUUUCAACCAGCACGCUUUGAAAUCCACUGUUGGUGUUGUACAAGCAGUUGCAGCUGCUGCGGCUCAGCCAACUUAUGCCAGAUUAUCUGAUCGGUUCGGAAGAUUGGAGUUAAUUAUUGUCGCCUUGGUGUUAUAUGUCAUUGGUAGCAUUGUUCAAUUCACUUCCAAAAAUGUCGAUGCCUUGUCUGCUGGUACUGUCCUUUACGCAAUUGGAAUACAAGGUAUUAUUGUAUUGUUGCAAAUUGUUUUGGCAGAUUUCUCCACCUUAAACUGGAGAUUGGCUUGUUCCUUCAUUCCUGCCUUACCAUUUAUCAUCAACACUUGGGUUUCAGGUGAUAUCGUUUCUUCCCUUUACCCAGCGCACUCUUGGCAAUACGGAUAUGGUAUUUGGACUUUCGUUUUCCCCUUGUGCUGUGUGCCUUUAGUUGCUUGUUUCGCUCAUAUGAGAUGGUUGGCUUCUAAAACUCCUGAAUGGAAAGCAUUGAAGGAAGAAGGAAAAUUGAUUAAUAAAUGGAAGUCUUGGUCUGACAACAUCGUCAUUGAUGUUUUCUGGGAAGUCGAUGUUAUUGGAAUUCUUUUAAUUAUUUGUGUUUUCGGGUUUAUUUUGGUGCCUUUCACUAUUGCUGGAGGUGUUAACGAUACCUGGAAGAAGGCUUCCACCAUUGUUCCAUUGGUUAUUGGGGUUGUCUUGAUCCCCGUUUUGGCUUUCCAUGAAAUGAGGUUCGCCAAGUUCCCGCUCUUGCCAAUUCAAUUGAUGAAGGAUAGAGGUGUUUGGUCCGCUAUUAUUGUGGCUGUUUUCAUUAAUAUGCUUUGGUAUCUUCCAAAUGAGUACAUUUAUACUGUUUUGGUGGUUGGUAUGAAUGCGUCAAUCAAAGCUGCUACCAGGAUCUCGUCUUUAUACUCGUUUGUAUCUGUUAUUGUUGGUCCAUUGUUGGGUUUGUUGGUUACCAGAGUGAGAAGAUUAAAAGGAUUCAUCAUUUUUGGUGUUUUGUGCUGGGUUGGUUCUUUUGCCAUUCUCUACACUAAGAGAGGUGACCCUGAUGCUAGUCAAUCACAACUUAAUGGUGUUAUUGGUGGUUUGUGUUUAAUGGGUUUUGGAGCUGGUUUUUUCACUUACUCUACCCAAGUUUCCAUUUCCACUUGUACUAACCAUGAAUACAUGGCUGUGGUUAUUUCUAUUUAUCUUGCAUCUUACAAUAUUGGUUCUGCUCUUGGUUCUUCUAUAUCUGGUGCUACUUGGACAAAUACUAUGUACAAGAAUCUUGCCAAAGAAUUUGAAGCUAUUGGUUUCACAAAUGUUACAGCAGCUGCCGCUUAUGGGGACCCCUUCACUUUCGCUAUCAACUACACUUGGGGAACUCCUGAAAGAGCAGCUAUGGUUAGAGCGAUGGCCAAAACCCAAAAGAUCUUGUGUUUGAUUGCGUUGGUAUUGUCUUUCGUGCUCUUGUUAGAUGUCUUCUUCUUGAGAGACCACAGAUUAGAUACAGUUCAAUCCUUGGAGUUAGACCAUUCUAAGGAAGAAGGUAUUAAGUCUGAUGAUGGAGGAGUAAUUGUCAACAACUAUGAUGACGAUUUCCUUCUUAACAGGAUUAAGAGUCUUUUUAAAAGAGGUGAGAAGUAA